AAAGAACAGAGCAAAAACUCCGUCAAGCAGGCAAGUACUCGAAGUUACUUCAUAACUCCUACCAAUACUAGGCAAGUUUCUUGUAGUUGGGCCUGACAAAACAGCCUUCCUAUAAAGACGGAUCCUUUCCAAAUCCAGCCUUUAGGGUGCAACCACUUUAGGCAAGGAGCUACAUUAAGGGGUAUGAUUUUCCAACAGUUUGCUGGAGCUUAAACUCUCUGAACAGGUAUUUAAUUUAGAAACCGGGUCAAUAAAUACAAAGGUGCACAUAGGUAUAACGGUCCUUCUCUGAUCCUUUGAUCAAGCCCGUGGCUGGGCGGCUCCCGGUCCUCUCACAGCGCCCUCAGGCGCGGGGGCGGGGGGUGUUGCCAUGGGAACCCAGCCAGUGGCAACCAGGCCCCCGCCCCAGGCAACGGCAUACGCAGGGGGGCGCCGCGGACAAAACUACUGGCAAUUUCGGGGGCAUGGGGCCGGGCGCUCGCCGGCUGUGACGCGCAGGUCUCAGUAGAGAUCUCCAUCCCGACACCCAGCCAGCCAGGGGCUGGGUGGGGAUUCGGAAAGAAGCUCUCUCACUGCCUGCUGGGGGAAACCGAGGAAAGCAACUUGCCUCAUGUCAUUCCGCGAGUCCACGCAGAGCGCGGAGCAGAACCCGGCCCUCCUAUCUCCCAGUCGGGAUUCUCUCUCUGUCCUGCAACGCUCAGCCUUGUCUCGCCCCAGGGCGACCAUUUCCUCCCCACAUGCCUCUUCCUCAGCGCCCAGGCGACGCCGGACGCGUUCCCAGGGUUACUACCGCUUCCCGGACCCACGUCCCGCUCCCUGCCGGACCACCUCCGCGCAUGCGCACAGCGCAGCCCGCGCAGCCUCCCACCGGCCGAGAGAACUACCCCUCCCCGCAGGCAAUGGAAACUUCACACUGCCGCCGAAAUACGGCGAGCAGAGAGGGUCAAUCUGCGCCGGAGUCUUGGCUUCUGGCCAAAAAGACUGUGGCUACUGGGCAGCGGCAGCUGGCUCUGCCCCUGGGCUGGGCAGUACAAAUUGACAGCGGCCUCGGAGGCUGGGCGCAGUCGGAGCGGAUCCGCUUCUCUAUCCGCCGCUCCGGCCGGCGCCAUGGGGCUUUCGCUGCUGCUGCUGGCCGCGCUGCUGCUGGCGGUCCUCUUCAAAGUUUACCUGGGGCUCUUCGCGCGCAGCUCCCCGAACCCCUUCUCUGAGGACGUCAGGCGGCCACCCGCGCCCCUGGUGACCGACAGGGAGGCCAGGAAGAAGGUUCUCAAGCAAACUUUCUCAGCCAGCCGAGUGCCAGAGAAACUGGAUGUGGUGGUGAUUGGCAGUGGCUUUGGGGGCCUGGCUGCAGCUGCAAUUCUGGCCAAAGCUGGCAAGCGAGUUCUGGUGCUGGAACAACAUACCAAGGCAGGGGGCUGUUGUCAUACCUUUGGACAGGAUGGCCUUGAAUUUGACACAGGAAUCCAUUAUGUUGGGUGCAUGGAGGAGGGCAGCCCUGACCGUUUUAUACUUGACCAGAUCACUGAGGGGCAGCUGGACUGGGCUCCCUUGUCCUCUCCCUUUGACAUCAUGGUACUAGAAGGGCCCAGUGGCCAAAAGGAGUUCCCCAUGUACAAGGGGAAGAAAGCCUACAUUCAGGGCCUCAAGGAGAAGUUUCCCCAGGAAGAAGCUGCCAUUAACAAGUAUAUGAAGCUGGUUCAGAUGGUGUCCAGAGGAGCCAUUCAUGCCGUCUUGUUGAAGAUCAUCCCUUUGCCUGUGGCUCAGUUCCUCAACAAAUGUGGGCUGCUCACCCGUUUCUCUCCGUUCCUUCGCGCAUCCACGCAGAGCCUGGCUGAGGUCCUGCGGCAGCUGCCGGCCUCCCCGGAGCUCCAGGCAGUGCUCAGCUACAUCUUCCCCACUUACGGUGUGACCCCCAGCCACAGCACCUUUUCCAUGCAUGCUCUGCUGGUUGAGCACUACAUAGAAGGGGCAUUUUAUCCCCGAGGGGGUUCCAGUGAAAUCGCCUUCCACACCAUCCCUGUGAUUCAGCGGGCCGGGGGCGCCGUCCUGACGAGGGCCCCUGUGCAGAGUGUGUUGCUGGACUCAGCUGGGAAAGCCUGUGGUGUCAGCGUGAAGACGAAUCGGGAGCUGGUGAACAUCUGCUGCCCCAUCGUCGUCUCCAGCGCAGGACUGUUCAAUACCUAUAAGUACUUGUUGCCGGAGAAGGCCCGCUGUCUGCCAGGUGUGAAGCAGCAGCUGGAGAUGGUGCGGCCCAGCUUGAGCAUGAUCUCUGUUUUCAUCUGCCUACGAGGCACCAAGAAGGACUUGGGUCUGCAGACCACCAACUACUAUGUUUAUUUUGACACAGACAUGGACAAGGCGAUGGAGCACUAUUACUCUCUGCCCAGGGAAAAGGCCGCAGCACACUUGCCCUUUCUCUUCAUUUCUUCCUCAUCAGCCAAGGACUCGACUUGGGAGGACCGAUUCCCAGACCGGUCCACAAUGAUCGUGUUGAUACCCAGCUCCUAUGCGUGGUUUGAGGAGUGGCGGGAGGAGCCAAAGGGGAAGCGGAGCAGUGACUAUGAGACCCUCAAAAAUUCCUUUGUGGAAGCCUCUCUGUCAGUUGUCAUGAAGCUGUUCCCACAGCUGGAGGGAAAGGUGGACAAGGUGACUGGAGGAUCCCCACUGACCACUCAGUUCUAUCUGGCUGCUCCCCAGGGUGCCUGCUAUGGGGCUGCCCAUGACCUGGCUCGCCUGCAACCUCACGUGAUGGCCUCCCUGAGGGCCCAAAGCCCCAUCCCCAACCUCUACCUGACAGGCCAGGAUAUCUUCACCUGUGGGUUGAUGGGGACCCUGCAAGGGGCCCUGCUGUGCAGCAGCGCCAUCCUGAAGCGGAACCUGUACUCAGACCUUAAGAAGCUUGGCUCAAGGAUCCAGGCACAGAAGAAGAAGAAUUAGCUUGGUCAGGGAUGAGUCAGAGGAAUUUUGCCAGGGCUGUGGCAUAGCCCGACUUACCCAGUGAUAAUGUCUUUCUGCAUUAGUUCCUUGCUCACGUGAAGCGCUCUUAAUUUGUUUUUGAUUUGCGAAUACAGGUCUGACACACAAGUCUAGCAUAGAUCAGUUCUUAAACUGUAGCUCUUUCAGCUGAAGCAGGUGAUGAUCUUUCAUACCCUUUAUAACAUUAUUCUUACUGAAAGGCCCAUGUGGGCUAUGAUUUAGACAGCCAUAAUGUUUCAUUGAGCAGUGCUCUGCACCCCACACCCAUACCUCCUAACUCUGAACAAUCAAACUGAAGGUUCUUUUGGUCAGGUGGUUAGAAGCCCUGAAAGUGUUGGUCAGCUGAAGCAGGUUGGUCCAGCUGUCCCAAGGCUUCUCCUCUCAGUCACUCUUAAUACUGCGCUGCAGGCGUUCUACACCGUUGAGGGAAGAGGGUGCCUAAUGAGGUUUUUAGUCAACACCUGGGCAAGGUGUUGGUUGCAGUUCCACAGGUUUAGAGGCCUCCAGAUCCCAUUUUUGCUGAUUCCAAUGGCUCUUUCAGAGAGUGGGGAAACACCUGUGAUAGGUUCAGUGUGGUCAUGGGGGCUGGGGGUAACGACAAGACAUAUUAGUUAGUGAGGUGUAUGUUAGAAAAUCGUAUCCAGUUUGUAUGCAGCCAGGCCCCUAGGUUCAUCUUCCUUAUGAUUGGGGUGACAUUGGGUUCUCAUCGUGCCAGCAUCAAGAUACUCUCAUGGAGCUCAGUGCCUGAGCCUGAAGGCUUAUUGUCCAAAAAUAUACAGUGAAGGGUGACGUUAGUAGUUAGGGGACAGGACAGGAAAGAUGAGUUCACUGGGGUUGACGCAGGCUGAAAGCAUUCCAGGUCAAGCCUACAGCAGAGGACAAGCACUGAGAGCAAUGUAUCAUGACAAAGGGCCCAGCUACCUCCUAGACCUAGAAUAUGGUGCCCGGUAGGGAGGAGGAGCGGGAUUGGAACAAUGAAAGAACAUGUGCAAAGUCCGGGAAUGGCAUUUCCAGUUUAUUGGUACUUAUAUGGGGACUGCAUGGGAAGGUGAAUGAAGGCCAAAAGGUAAAAAAAAAAAAAAAAGACCUUUCACUUAUGUUAGGGCUUAUUUCAGUUAAUUUUAAUGCAAUGUUAAUAAAUUUAAUGAUUUUGUGGCUUUAA